AAUAGCUUUUCGCCCGUUUUGAUGGCUUGAGGCUGACAAGCCCAGCUGAGUUGAGUUUGAGACUGUCCAUUUCCUCCCAACUGAAUUGUAGACUACGUCUUCGUGAACAACUCCCCCAUAAUCAACUCGCAAAGAGUCCGAAACCACUGAGCCUCUCUUUAUUCACCCUGCCAAUCCAGCAAAUUACUAGCCCUGACUUGGGGGUCGCAAAGUCCCUCGACCUCUGAGCUGUCACCGUUCUCACUCCGUCAGCAAAGCUCUACCUACAACAGCACUCUCAGCCGCAGCCCUCAAUCAGCACUAAGCCCAAUUCCAGUUGAGCAACCCCAGUGUAAACUGCACAAUAGUGGAGGCGGUGGCUCAUUAUCCCUGACCUGGCGCCAUGAAUAUCGAAGAGGGCUGAGUUGAGUUGCGGGGACAUGGGAGACUAGACAGUUGUAGGCGGCAUUGCCCGCCGAAGAGGUUGUUCAAUAAAUAAAUAAGAGGCUGACCCCCUUGGGAGGUGGAUGUUUGCUGACGCCUGAAUGAUCCUUUAAGCUAAGAAACCUAGAUGCUCUAAGAACAAAACGCACGCUGGCCGACGGCGACCAGAGGAGCAUUCUUACGAUUACACGUUGAUGACAACAGAACUUCUGUAUGAGAAACGACCAACCAGUACCAAUCACCAUUGAGCAGGAAUACUCUGGAAGAGACGGACAACUACUCUGUCGAGCCAAUUGCUGAGCUUCGGUUCCAACAGAAAUCACCGCAGCGUAAGAGCACAGAGAAUAAGACACCCUCGCGAUGCUCAUCAAUGGAAACCAUCGUGCUCAGGCACAAUUCGAUCGGGCAAAAUGGCGCCCAAUGGUUAUGAUCCCUACCUGGGCUCUUCAGCUAGGCUUGUCUAUGUCUAUGAUGGGACUUUUCGCCUACAGAUUGGGCGAUAGCAUGAAGGUGAAUAAGGACAAUGACAAGAAGAACGACGAUCCUACAAUCGAGAUUGUGUGGGAGGCUACAAAUGUAGCUCUAUGGUUCGUUGCAUCUCUAUGCAGUUUCGUCGAAAUCGCCAAAUACUUCGCGGAGGCCUUAACUCCGUGGACCAUGCUCUUCACACACGUCAUAAAGUUGACCUGCGCGAUCGCCACUCUCGCGCUUGAUAUAGUUGUCUACACCGAGAAACACGACAAGCACUACUCCCUCGUCGCUCUUGGGUUAGACUGUGCUUUUAUCAUCACCUCACUCGUCCUGGUCUUCUACUCCGUGCGAAGAUACCGUCGCCUUUCUGCUUACGACGAUUAUACACACCCUGUCAACGUCAAGCCUUAUGGUUUCAACGACGACCUUGAGCGUGAUACUUCAUACGCUCGACAGUCUACCGACAAGCGCUUUUCUUCAACAUCGUCGCGAGCUAGCAUCAUCUCAAAGCGUGAAUCUGUUGAGAUGGGCACCGUCCAGCGAACACCAAGCGUCUAUUCACACAAGCGUGACACUCAAUUCGAUGACUAUGUAGCACGUCGCGGCUCCGCCACGAAAGAACGCAUUGGCAGCGGAGACUUCAGUUACGCUGGAGCUCAGGGCGAGGCUCAAGACUCUGGAGCAACACUUACACCAACUCGUCCAAGGGGCGCCAGUAGCGGUCGAGCAGCGAGCUGGACGAGCGACCGAGGUCUCGUAGCUGUACCUGAGGAGGAUGACGACACAACAGCUGGCAAGGAAUCCAAGACAGAAAAGGAAAAGAAGGAUCGCGAGGCUCUUUUGGGCAACACUCCUCGCGAGAGCAUUGAUGGCCUAGUUGUUCCACAAGAAGCCGACCUGUCGGAGCCCAGGUGGCAGCGCGAACAGUGAAAAGGGGAGGGAAUGAGAAUGUUUCAUUGACAAGGAGAGUCUUGUGAGACUUGCACGAGAAGAAGACUAUUUGGUCCCAACCUCCACGACUGUAUAUACCCACAGGAGAAUUGGCGUUUCAGGGGUGUUUAAGCAGCAUUGAAGGCUGACUGUUUCAUGAUACUUUACAAUGAUAGAUGCAAAUAUUUGUUCCAAACUUGAGUGUGAAAGAACAGUUUUCCUCGCCAAUUGAGGCCAACGUUCUAAGGUAUACUUUUGGUUAAUGGGACAUUUGUCUCCAGGAUAUGUCAUGAUGAAUUCCACCAG